AUGUCAAUAGAGCCAGUUUGAAGCUCGUUGCUGUGGUAUAUUUGUUCACCACAGUAAUGUCUCUCCCUGAGGUUGGGAGGAUAACUUCUGACACCACUUUCUUAUUGAAAGUAAUAGAAGAAUAUCUUGGCGGACCACCAUGGGCUCAGGAAUAUUCAAAAAAUGAUGUUAAAGUUUGGUCAAAAGGGUCGAAAAAUGAUCAAAUCAAGACUUUCAAGGCAACUGCCCUUUUCAAGGGAGUUUCAGGAUCUGAGUUAUUUGACUGCAUCAUGGAUUCCGAUUAUCGAAAGGAGUGGGACAAGUCAAUGAUUGAAAGUUACGAACUUUGUCAAGUACACCCUCAAAGUGACAUAGGAUAUUACUCUCGUAUGUGAAAUGCUUUUGAUUGAUCUGUUUUUAGUUCGUUCGCCUCCAGGGUUAAAAAACAGGGAUUUCGUUCUUCAGAGAACAUGGGAAAGGUUUGACUCGUAUUAUGUAAUCGCAUGCCACUCUAUAUUUCAUAAGGGAAUUCCUGUUCGAAAACAGUGUAUCCGAGCAUUAACCCAUAUGAAUGCAUAUAUUAUUCGUCUUCUUGGUACAAAUUCCUGUGAAAUGACUUAUGUCACCAGUUGUGAUUUUCGUGGUAAACUACCCAUAUGGGUAAUUAACAAGGCCACACAGUUCAUGGCUCCUCGAGCAAUUCAAAUAUUGUACAAAGCAUGCACUAAAUAUAAUACUUGGAAAAAAUCAAAUAAUCCCGAUUAUAAACCGUGGUUAUAUCCUGGUCAAACCAAUCUACCAUUGUUAUGUUGGGAUGAUUUGGAUCAGACAGCCAAUUUAGGACCUACUGAUGACGGUGGUGAUGUUACACCAUUACCAUCUGAUGAACCUGUUCUAUUGGAUAGAAAUGGCAGUUAUAAUAGUCGAGAAGAACAAGAAGAUGUAGAAGAAGUAGUAGAAUUCGAUUCAGUACCUGUAGAGGAUCAAAUACAAUCAUGUGUCACUGCAACUUCUAUUGCUACUGUAUCGGAUUCUAGAUAAAUUGAUUGUAUAGACUGUCAUUUAGUUGUUUGUUUAUCAGUUUGUUGGUAAUUGAAAAAAAAAUCAUCUCAAUUGUUCAGGUGAAUAGGUGCACAAAUUCAUUUUGAAUAUGAUAUGAUUUUAUUAUAGAUUGAACUUAUUACGGUCUACGGGUUUUUAUGAUCACGUUUGUUUUAAUGAGAUGGUGAUGAUGUUAAUCAGUUACCAGCUUUGUUUUAAUUUAUUUUCUUCAAACUAAACAUAAUGAUGAUGUGGAGGAAACAACGGUUUUUGUUGUGGAGGAUUGUUUGUUUGUUUAGGUGUGUAUCUUCUACCCUAAUUGACAUGUUGUACACACUAAUACUUCCUGUUGUAUAGAAAGAAAAUUGGUUUAUUUUUUCUAAUGUCUUUUUGUAAAAAAAAAUGUAAAAGAAAACAGUUUAUUAAUUACAUUUUAAAAAAUGCACAUUAUGUAUUUCUCAUUUGUUAGUAUUACAAGAACAGAGAGAGAGGGGGGGAGAAGGGAAGGGAAGUUGUGGAAAAUAUAUGUCAAUGCUAGACUUCUCUUUUCUCCACUUCUGUGCUCGAGACUUUGUUUCCCUGUGAACUUUGUAAUAAGUUGUGUGUAUGUGUGUACAUCUUUCUGUGCCUAUAUUAUAAAUACUUCACGUAUACUCGAUAUUAUCUACAAACUAUAUUUUUGUAUGUUCUUUCAUGGGGGGAAAUUCUUGUAAAAGAAUAUAUAUAUAUAUAUACCCCAGAAAUAUAUAUAUAUUUUUCACUAAUGCGUUUUCAUUUUUGGUUGUAUAUUUUCUGGUGUGUUUUCUUUUUCUUAUUUCAACCUUUUGUAUAUUGUAUUUUAUGUUUGCCAACAACAGUGAUAAUCUAGUAAUUGGUACUUGCCAUAA